GGGCGGCGAGACAGGCAGAGGAGGGUGUCUCCAGACGCAGCCAAUCGCGAGCCCCGGCGCUCGCUCCCACCCCCUGCUCUGCAGCCCGCGCCGGCCGCGCAGGGAGUGACCCAGCAGCCCGCGCUAGCCUCGGCCAUGCCGUUCCUGGAGCUGGAGACCAGCCUCCCGGCCGCUCAGCUGCCCCAGGGCUUAGCCGGCAAGCUGUGCGCGGCCGCUGCGGCUAUCCUGAGCAAGCCCGAGGAGAGGAUAAACGUCACGGUGAAGAGCGACUUGUCCAUGGUGGUUGGAGGCUCCGCAGCGCCCUGCGCUCAGCUGUUCGUCUCAUCCAUUGCAGUGGUGGGAACUGCGGAGCAGAACAGAGGGCACAGUGCCAAGUUCUUUGAGUUCCUUACCAAGGAGCUGGGGCUCGGUGCAGACAGGAUUGUUAUCCGUUUUUAUCCACUGGAACCUUGGCAGAUUGGCAAGAAAGGAACUGUCAUGACUUUCUUAUGAUCUCUUCAAGAAACCCAUUAAAAAGAAACCCUUGUGGAGGGCACAACCCAAGGAUGGCCAGCUCUACCUGUUUAUUUCUAUGCAAGAUCUGAUAUGUAUCCUUCUGCACCUCCACUCAUAUAGUUCCUUUCUGUUUCUGCUUCCUAUGUGCACACAUCUCCAAAGCGGGGCUUACCAGCCAAACUCUUUGACAGUAACAGUUGGAGGUCUUUGUCUCACACCUGUCUUGUGGCCCAGAGACAAUGCAGUUACCUAUGAUCUCAAACAAAACUUGAAUUGUGAGCUUUGUUUAGCUGGAAGUUUGUUUUGUCAGCAGCAGCGUCAUGAUGGCCUUCCUUAUUUGGAUCCAGUUAAUCCAAGUUCUGUAGUCUUUUCCUUUAGCAAUGAACAGUUCUUUCUUUCUGUUGCGUGACUGGCAUCAUUGAUAACUGACAGGGGAGGUUCUCCAGUUUUGUUCAGCCCGAGGGCCGCUUUGCAAGAGAAAGACAGAUCCUGUCAUGUGCCAGCCUUUCCUCUUCCUUGUGAAAUUCUGUUCUAGGAGUCCCUGGGCCAUAGCUUGAGACUUUAUGGGGUUAACUUCACCACCAGAUAGAAUGCUGACUGGGACCAUGUCCCUGUAGACUUUUCUACACCAGAAGUCACUAAAAGUUGCUUAUUAGUCUGGCAAUAGGCACUAAACUAAUUCAUAGAAGUUAGCCUACUCGCUGCCAGUGGAGGGCAGAGAGAGUCAAGGGGACCUGAGAUCUUUCACUUCCAACUUUUGUGACCAUAUCUUCCAUGCUAAACCUCCUACCCCACCCCCAUUUCUGGGAAGAGAGAAUAUUGGUCUGAGGGAAGAAUCUUUUAACUUGUAUGGGGUGGCUGGGCUAGGGCUCCUUUCUAAUCUCCUGCUCUGAGCUCUGCUUCACUAGGAUCAUUUGCUUGCACUGGUGGAUGUUCCCAUGUUCAGUCUAUAGACUCCUGUAGUUUAAUAUCAAUGUGCAUAUUGUGCAAUGGGGUAUGUGUGGAAGAGGGCUACUUAUUGCAGAAUCAUUUCAUACCCUAGGGUGUGGAGCCCAGGAAAUUGUUUUAGAAUCAUAGAAUAUCAUGGUUGGAAGGGACCUCAGAAGGUCAUCUAGUCCAACCCCCUGCUCAAAGCAGGACCAAUCCCCCAUCUACCAGAUCCCUAAAUGGCCCCCUCAAGGAUUGAACUCACAACCCUGGGUUUAGCAGGCCAAAGCUCAUUUUGCUGGUUCUGGUAAUUGGUUUCAAUUCCUGUAACUUGCCUCCUUGUUCACAGUACUUUUCCUCAACCCUCUCACUACAGUGAGCAAUAUCAGAACACUUUUUAUUUUACAAAUGCUUUCAAUGUUCUGUGGGUGGUGGAGAGGAGCCAUGGCCUUGCUACAUCUGCUGUAAUGCCCAUUCUCUUAGUAGGGGAGUUUUCCCCUUGGCACCCUUCUAGUUGGUCACUUUAUAACUGGAUUAUACACAAUAUUUUAUUACAAAAAUCCCCUCAACCCCCCUAGUUAUCGUCUAUGGGAUUUUCUUACUUUUGCAUUUCACUCAGCAGAGAUAAUGAAGAUAGAGUUGUCAGUUUCAUUUUCAUUUGUAGUCACUUUUUAAGGUCCAAAUCCUGCAAACAUUUAGGCAUAUGAAUAGUUGCACUGAAUUCAUUGGGAUUACUCAUGUGAAUAAGUGUUUUGAGGGUCAGGAUUAAAUCUUUCAUUUUCUGGUUCUGAUGUACCACUACAGUGUUUAAUUGUCAGGUAUUUACAGCAUUGCAAGGGAAUAAUUACAUUUAAAAAUGAACUAAUUUCCUCUUUCAUUGCUCACAGAAUACUUUUUAUUCCAUUAGGUUUUGUAAUUUUUUUUAAACACAAUAAAAAACUGUGGGUGUCAA